UUCCAUCUAGCUGGUUCUAUGGUUCUAGCUUUUCAUUUUUGUAGCACUAUCGUUAUAUUGGAAACCCGUUGUAUACAAUUGGAUAUUCUCAAUUCAUUGAUCGAAUACCUGUGCAGAAUUGAAAUAAACACUACUCAUAAAACUAUGUCUUUCCUGAAAAAUUUCAUUAAACAGUACAUCCCAACUGUGAAAGCAGAAGACGAAGAGUUGGUUGAUCCUCAGAAAAUACUCCGUGAAAAAUGUGCUCUACGAAAAAAAUGCGUUUUUUUGCAAAACCAACUGACAACAUGUAACGAUCGUGUCAAUUCAAACAGUGAUACAGACGAAACAUGUAUCGAAGAAUUAAUUGAUUAUGUAGAAUGCGUAGAUCAUUGUGUAGCAGAAACACUUUUCAGUAAACUGAAAUAAGAUCGCAUUUCACGUAAAAGUAUAGGACUUAUGUUAAGAAGUGUUAUAAGGUAACUUCAUAUGUUGUAGAUGUACAAUUAUUAUGAGGAAUAAAUGAUAAUUUAUGAA